GGCUACUUUAUGCUGAGGUCACUGCAUCUGGAUGUGUGGAAACGUCCCCACUGUCAUGCCAACAACCCUCUCUCUGCAUAGACAUUUCCAGGGAGUGUGGCUAGACAUUGCCAGAGGAGUAGAGGUCCUGCAAAGGGAUGCGACUCAAAGGACAGAAAACUGGAGCGAAGUAGUAAUUUCCACCGCAAAAGGCGCAGGGAGCAGGGAUGAUCGAUGGCACGGUGCUCAGCACAAGGGUGGCAGACACCGACGAUCAAAGAGUGCCGACGCUGGGGUCAGGGCCAUGUCACUUCCCGAGUCGGAACAAGUGCUCUUCACGCUUCAAGAAAUCACAGGCAGCAAGGUGCCUGGUGCCUCUGUGAGCAGACAUAAAGCGGCAGCGGAGUCGUCCGUCCCAGGCAAGAGGCAGACUUGCUAUGAACCCAUGGCACCCUUUGCCGCUCCUUGCCAACCCAGAGGGGCCAUCCUGCGCAGCAUCAGCUGCAUCGAGCAGGACAGGAGGGAGCCUGCGGAGUGCCCGGCUGAGUCCACCUCCAUCGUGUCUGCCCUCGCACUUUCCACACCGGACCACACUUACGUCAACAUGCCACAGACACCCACCAGCCGGCACCAACUCAACUACAUGGAGCUGGACUUGCAAGCCCGCAGGAACCUUCGUGUAGGCUCCCCGGUGAACUACGCCCAAAUCGACCGCGCCGCGAUGGAUAUCGCGCGCAAGGUCGGCACACAGCACGCGAAGCGGAGGGAAGGACGACUGCCCCACAAGCAAAAGGAUGCCCCGUGAGGGCAGCCGGAAUGGCAGCGGUGGGGACCGUGGUCCAGGCCCGCAUCGCACCCAUCCCCCCAAACUCGAGCGCGGCUGCGAAUCCCAAAUCAUCCGGGUCGCGUGCCACUUUCGCGACGGUAGCGCGCCCAUUAAUCAGAGUGCGAAGCGUCUAUUUGUUUGAAUCUCGUGCCUAUGGAUUUUCUGUAGAAAGGGGUGAAUUGAAAACACGGGAUGCGCACUGGGUCGGCCAGUGGUUUUUGUGUGGCACUGUGGGAUCAAGUACACGCGAGCUGCGAAGUGCUACGAGACACGCGCUGUGUGAUAACGCCGCAGUGUACGCGAUUGUGAUGACGAUUGUCGCUCUAGUACACAGAGUACUCUAAUGAAGUGUGAAUGAGUCAAUUCCUGUGCAUCACCCGGUUCUUUUUUGUGGCGUACAACCAUUAAACUUCGGGGCACCAGAUCAAAACGCUGACGUUCUUUACACCACAAAGGUGUGUCAUACUAGCAGCUAGCACGUGGCUUAUCACAGUGAUUACCGAUGAACACCUAAAUUGCUGGCGUCGAGAUCACAGCAAUGUAACAUGCUGCCUUUUAAAUGGACCGUGUAGACGUAUUACAUUUCCAGAGCACUUCACGGUUAAAUUAUAUUACAUGCUUUGUGAGUAUUGUAGUCCUCUGUUCAUGGCAAAU